AUGACUAUCGUGCAAGAGAAGAAAAUACCCGGGAAAACCUCAACUAUAUUAUCGUUGAUACAGCAGUUACCAAAAGACUACAAGGUAGUACUGCUCAAGAACGAAUAUGGUGAUGUAGAAGUGGACUCGCUGCUGGCCUCUCAAUCGAAUAUCUCAGGUGUAUCGGAGAUACUGAACGGAUGCUUGUGCUGUACGAUGGUGGGAUUGGUUGAGAAUGCUCUCAAGGAGAUUAGGGAUACUAUGCAGCCCGAUAGGAUCAUCAUUGAAUCUAGUGGAUCCGCCUUCCCCGCUACUCUUGCUCUGCAGAUACGGCAGCUCGAACCAGAAGGCUUCAAGCUAGAUGGUGUAGUAACGGUCGUAGAUAGCUUGAAUUUUAAAGGUUACGAGGAUUCGUCCCCUUCCGCUAAGUUACAAGCAAAAUAUACCGAUUUACUCUUACUAUCCAAACAUCACCUCGCUACCGAAAGGCAAAUGGAUGAUCUGAUAGAUUCCUUAAACGAGCUGAACGACGAAACGCCCAAAAUCAAAAUUGGUCCUCCACCUGAUAAUCCACCUAAACCUGAAUUGAUCUUUGGACUGGAUACCAAAUUAUUCGGAUUGGUCGAAGGUGAAAAGGAAAGCUGGGAUAAGAUCGGUGGAAGUGCCGGAUGGCAUGGUGAUGAAGUUGAGACAAAGCAGAUAUACAUUGGGAAGAAGGGAAAAGCGAAGCGCACACAUACUCAUGAGGAUGGAAAGCAUUGUGUGGACUGUAAGGAUAAAGAAGAUGAUGGAGAAGAGAUACAUGAGAUACAACCUAUGGAUAGAGAGCUGCUGGAUAAGGAACUGGGUAAAAUGUCUUUCGAGAUAUAUAGAGUGAAGGGAUUAGUUCGUCUCCUAUCCGCCGAGCCAUUAGGCUACACCACCAACAUCCUAAAUUACGCUUUCGGUCGAUACGAACUCACGCCCAUACCGUCUCUGGAUGAAGAUGACUCGCUUGAGGGGGUCAGUCUUAGAUUGACGGUCAUGGGUGAGAGAGGAGAGGUAGCUAGAAGGGCAAGGAAGUUGGCUGAAGGGCUUGGUGCGCAAGUAGAGUGA